AUGGACGCUAACGUCCAGCUCAUGAGGGUCAUCCAGGAAAUGCGGGCCAAGAUCAACAAGCUGGAGAAGGAGAAUCAGGCCCUCCGGAUGAAGCUGACGUCAAGCAAUCAGAGAACCCCAGGCUCAGAGGUACAAUCAGGAGAUGAAGGGGAAGAGGAAGUCACAGACCUUGGCAACCUAGGAAAAGCACCCAGACAAUCUCCAGCAACUCUUCAUGGUGAUAUUUCCACUGAUGCUGCACCAGAUAUGCAUGAAAACCAAGGCAAUGUCAUGAUUGUUAGACGCUAUUCCAUUUCCUCACCAAUCCAUUCAAUUGCUGCAAAUGAUCCCUGGAAAACUGGGAAAAUACAUCCAAGUAGUAGAAAUAUAAAAGCUCAGGCUACAGUUCAAUCAGUGGCAUGUUCAUCAAUCGAGAAGAAAGACAAUGACGAAAACAUAUUUGCAGAAGAUUCUUUUACCAGCAAGAGUUGCAGCCGCAGAGCCUUUUCUGAGUCCGUUCUUGGUUUCAGGGACAAGGUAAAGACAGUCAGUUUCCUGUUACCCAUGGACAUAGCUUCAUAUUCCAAAAAGUCAAGUUCUUUGAAAUAUUCACCAGAUCAGACCACAAAUCAGCUAAGUACCAUUGCAGAAUAG